CAACGUCAGUGUCAGCUGAUUCCGGCUUCUUGGCGCGAAUAUUUCGACAUGGCUACUGACAAGCUGAAGAGCAAAGUAUCCUCUGCGUUUAAAAUGCAUGGCUUGAUGUUACGAGCAGAGGCCAGUAAAUAUCUAAGUGAAGUUUUAAGUUCUGUAAAUGAAGUGGAGCUUGAAGAUGUGAUUGAUAGCAUCAUAGAUGCUGUAGAAAAACAGCCCUUGUCCUCUAAUAUGAUUGAGAAAUCAACAGUGGAAGCAGCUGUUCAGGAAUGCAGCCGGACUUGUGAUGAAACCAUUGAGCAUAUUUUCAAUAUUAUUGGUGCUUUUGACAUACCUCGAUACGUCUACAACUCAGAAAGAAAGAAAUUCCUUCCCCUGAAAAUGACUACUCUCCCAUCACCCAAUCUCUUUGGAAGGGCAAGAGACAAAGCUGAGCUUUUUCGUGAGCGUUACACAAUCUUGCAGCAGAGAACUCACAGACAUGAACUGUUUACUCCUCCUGUCAUUGGUUCACAUCCUGAUGAAAGCAGGAGCAAAUUUCAGCUUAAAACAGUGGAAACCCUUCUAGGAAACACUGCUAAAGUGGGUGAAGUGAUUGUCCUGGGAAUGAUAACCCAGAUGAAAGAGGGAAAAUAUUUCUUGGAGGAUCCAACUGGAGCAGUACAGCUUGAUCUCACCAAUGCACAGUUUCACAGUGGUCUGUACACAGAGUCAUGCUUUGUUUUAGCUGAAGGUUGGUAUGAAGACAAAGUUUUUCAUAUCAAUGCUUUUGGCUUUCCCCCCACUGAACCUUCCAGUACUACAAGGGCUUAUUAUGGUAACAUGAAUUUUUUUGGGGGACCUUCUUCUACAUCAGUAAAAGCUUCAGUCAAACUACGGCAGUUGGAAGAGGAAAAUGAAGAUGCCAUGCUUGUAUUUUUAUCUGAUUUAUGGUUAGAUCAAGUUGAAGUUACAGAAAAACUUCACACAAUGUUUUCAGGUUACUCCACAGCACCACCAACCUGUUUUAUAUUCUGUGGAAACUUUUCUUCUGCACCUUACGGAAAAAAUCAUAUCCAAUCAUUAAAAGAUUCAUUUAAAAUACUGGCAGAUAUAAUAUGUGAAUAUCCAAAUAUACAUAAAAGCAGUCGAUUUGUUUUUGUACCUGGCCCUGAAGACCCAGGCCCUGGUUUCAUUUUACCAAGACCUCCAAUUGCUGAUCAUAUCACUGAAGAAUUCCGCCAACGAGUACCAUUCUCCAUUUUUACUACAAAUCCCUGCAGGAUCCAGUACUGUACACAGGAAAUUGUUGUUUUCCGUGAAGAUUUGGUAAAUAAAAUGUGCAGAAAUUGUGUUCGUUUUCCCAACAGCAGUUUGGAUAUUCCUAGCCAUUUUGUCAAAACCAUCUUAUCCCAAGGACAUUUGACUCCUCUCCCUCCAUUUGUUAGCCCUGUAUACUGGGCAUAUGAUUAUGCUCUGAGGUUGUAUCCGCUACCAGACUUGGUUGUCAUCGCUGAUAAAUAUGAUCCAUUCACCAUCACCAACACAGAAUGUCUGACCAUCAACCCUGGAUCAUUUCCAAGAAGUGGGUUUUCCUUCAAGGUCUACUAUCCCUCCAGCAAAACAGCUGAAGACAGCAAACUUCAGAAUCUUUGAUUUUACUGUGAAAAUUACAGAACACUGCUGUGCCAGAGGAUUUUACUAAUUCAGUUCUGUUAAAAAAAAUAAAAAAAAAGUUUUUUAAGAGAAUACUGCUGAAAAGUAUUUUAUUGCUUUAUUGUAUCAAAACAUUUUUGUAAUAAAAUUAAUGG